UAAGGCGGUACCGCACGUGCCCGCGUAUUGCAGAAAACUGAGGCGUGCGUUGAAAAAAUAAACUCGCUAUCUCAUUUAGCAGUAGAAUUUGAUCUCUUACAUACAGAUUGUGCUGGUAAACUUUGAAUAAUUAUUUGUAUCUGUUAUAUUUAUCAUAGGGCAAAGACGCAUGGUACGGUUGCUAAGCGUACUUUGACCAAUCAGAAAGGCCGUACCUGCAUGGGGCGCCCGGACUGCCUGAGUCGAGGGCAACGAAAACAAACAUGUCAACAGUUAGGCUAAGAAUGCCCGGAUAGACUGUUAAUUUUUCUAAAAAGAAAAUAAAUCCACUCAGCUGGAAAUGUUAGUUUAUUUAUGAAGUGUUUGAAGAUCGGCACCAGAAGCAACUGCAAUGAAAGUGAAGUGACGUCAUUGAUUAAUUUAAUUAACCUUUCUUGUUUUUUUUUAUAACUUCACAUAUAUUUGAAGAACGAACCACAGAAUAAACGUGAAAAGAUUGCCAUUAUAUUUUUGUAUUACUCGUUCGGUUAGCAUGGCGGGGGUCGGCACAACUAAGACGUCAUGGCGAUUGCAGGAGAUUGUGGCACAUUCCAGCAAUGUGUCCUCGCUGGCUCUGGGGAAAACGUCAGGCAGGCUGCUGGCCACGGGUGGGGAAGACUGUCGGGUGAACAUCUGGGCGGUCAGCAAGCCCAACUGCAUAAUGAGUCUGAAGGGACACACCAGCCCGGUGGAAUGCAUGCAGUUCAGCAGCUCGGAGGAGCAGGUGGUUGCGGGGUCACAGUCUGGGUCACUGCGUGUCUGGGACCUGGAGGCAGCCAAAAUACUUCGUACUCUGAUGGGACACAAAGCGAACAUUUGUAGUCUUGAUUUCCAUCCUUUUGGGGAAUAUCUAGCCUCAGGCUCCAUGGACACAAAUAUCAAGCUGUGGGAUGUUAGAAGGAAAGGAUGUGUUUUCAGAUACAAGGGUCAUACGCAGGCAGUUCGGUGUCUGUCCUUCAGCCCCGAUGGGAAGUGGCUCGCUUCCUCCACCUCUUAUUCAUUUUCAUGCCAUCAGUUGUGGGACUUGACUGCUGGGAAGAUGAUCACAGAAUUUACCGCUCAUACUGGUGCAGUCAACAUCGUCCAGUUUCAUCCCAAUGAGUACCUCCUGGCGUCCGGCAGCUCUGACAGGACCAUCAAGCUAUGGGAUCUGGAGAAGUUUAAGAUGAUCGGCUCCUCUGAAGGAGAGACGGGAGCAGUGAGGUGCAUCACGUUCCACCCGGACGGAUGCUGCCUGUACAGCGGUGCCCAGGACGCUCUGCGCGUUUAUGGCUGGGAGCCCGAUCGCUGCUUUGACGUGGUGCCUGUGGCCUGGGGCAGGGUGGCUGAUUUGGCCAUAUGCAACAACCAGCUGAUUGGAGUCUCGUAUCACUUAACAAAUGUCUCCUCAUACGUUGUGGAUCUGAAUCGUGUGAAGAAGUCAGGGUCAGUGAUCCAGGGGGUUAUACAGGAUGAUAAGCCUCUCACAGAGCCUACGCCCAAGGGCACCACCAUCCGGCGAAACUAUGAGCGCCCACUGACAACUUGUAGCAAACAGAGAGUGAAGCAGAAUCCGGCCACGGACCGACGCAGUCCUGAGGGCGAGAGACGUAGCCCCAGCAGCGAGGAGGAGCGGGAAGAGAAGGAUUCCACUGCAGAGAUUCGCAAUGCCGAAGACUACAAGGAGAUCUUUCAGCCGAAGACGGCCAUCUCUCGCACACCCCCAAGGACAACUGAACCGUUUCCAGCACCCCCUGAAGAUGAGAGUUUCCUGGUGAAGCCCAACCCAGUGAUGGAGAUCACCCCAAUGCCUGACAAACUGGCACCUGGGCAGCUGAAGAUCCACCCUAUCGCCUCAUCCACACCCGUCGUCAGAGAGCCCACCGUAGUCACAGCUGCUGGCCGCCCCCAGCCCACACCCCCCUGCCCCCCCGCAGUACAGCACGCUGCCCGUCCACCACAAACCAAAUCUGAACCGACGGUGAUCCUGUCCUCCAGAAACGAGCCCAUUGGCCUCAACGUGGGCGACUUCCUCCAGGUGGCCAAGAACAACAAAGUGUCUGUGCUGAGUGACGACGAUGCGCUGUCCCAGAUCCGCAAGGGCCACGACACCAUGUGUGUCAUGCUGACCAGCCGGCACAAGAACCUGGAAUCUGUCAGGGCGGUGUGGAGCAGUGGAGACGUCAAGACUUCCCUAGAUUCAGCUGUCUCAAUUAACGACCUGUCCAUCGUUGUAGACAUCCUCAACAUCCUCAACCUCAAGCCAUCGCUAUGGAAACUGGACCUGUGCACCUCUAUCCUGCCCCAAAUAGAGGAACUGCUGCAAAGUAAAUAUGAGAGUUAUGUCCAGACGGGAUGCACUUCUUUAAAGCUUAUCUUGAAACGCUUCUGGCCUCUGAUCUCAGACACGCUUACAGCGCCCCCUUCUGUUGGAGUGGAUAUAUCACGUGAAGAAAGACACCAAAAAUGCAAAGCCUGCUACAAACUGCUGAAGAACCUCAGCAAUGUUGUGAAGAACAAGGCCAGUCAGGUGGGUCGACAUGGAAGUGCCUUCAAAGAACUACAUCUUCUCAUGGCUCCUCUGGACAACUGAGAGAAGGGUCAUGAAGGAACCACACCCUUGGCGUGCUGCCCACGCCCCGGUGCCGGACGCUGUCCACAUCUCCUCAUGUGGAAUCGUUCACCUGACCAUCGUGAAUGAAGCACUUCUUGCUACCAGUUGGUACGAUAUCUUAAUAUAAUUCUGCAAGCUGUAAAGGUUUUAACUGAUUUUUCAUUUUUUUUUUUACUUUUUUUGAAAUAAGCCACACUGUAGAAAGUUGUCAAUCAAAAAGUUUUACAAUAAAUAAACUUUGAAAAAA